GCUGAUUAGUUAGAUGGGGGCGGGUUCAAAUACGACUGGAAGCCAUCUUGAACGUUUGGUUGACAAGACUGUUUCGCAGUCAGCUAAAAAUUGAGUACACCUCACUAACACCGCACAGGGAACCGGUUAUUUCAGGCAUUCAAGGGUUGGAAAAACCAGAGAAAGGACGCAGCGGCUCAGUUAAGCGACACAAGAUGGCUAGCUAAACAGUCGGCCAGUACUUGAAAGCUAGCUAAAUUCUCCUGGUGUGUGAUUUUCCAGAUAACAAUGGCACAUCUAUCCUAAGCCCUAAUUUAGAAAAGAAAUAGGAGCCUAGAAAGUAUCUAAACAGUGAAGAGGAAUUUAUCAAACAACAAUAUUGUUGAGGAACCUACUGAGACAAAGCAUUUGAACAAUUUAUGUAUGGAUAAAUAUUGAAGUCUCAAGAGUGAAGGACAAUCUUGAGUAGUCCAGAGAGAGGACUGGCUUCAUCUAGAGGCUGUUGGAGAUUUCACUGCUGUUGGGACAGAAAAGUUAAACCAAGUAAACAUGAGUACAGUCAGGACAGAGAACCCAGUGAUUUUGGGCUUGUCAAACCAGAAUGGACAGCUCAGAGGCUCAGUAAAGCCUGCUGGAGCACCAGGUGGAGGUGGAGGAGGCCCUCAACAGCAGCAGCUUAACCAGAUGAAAGGUGCAAUCAAUGGUAAUUCUCAGCUGGCCCCUACAACUAACGCUGUCAUCAAACCUGGAGAUGACUGGAAGAAAAAUUUGAAAUUGCCCCCAAAAGACAUGAGGAUGAAAACUUCGGAUGUGACUUCAACUAAAGGCAACGAGUUUGAAGAUUAUUGCCUAAAGAGGGAGCUGCUUAUGGGAAUCUUUGAGAUGGGCUGGGAAAAGCCAUCUCCAAUCCAGGAGGAAAGCAUUCCCAUUGCACUGUCAGGAAGGGAUAUCUUGGCCAGAGCCAAGAAUGGCACGGGAAAGAGUGGAGCCUACCUCAUUCCCUUACUUGAACGCAUUGACUUGAAGAAGGACUGCAUACAAGCUGUGGUCAUUGUGCCCACCAGAGAACUGGCUCUGCAAGUAAGCCAAAUAUGUAUCCAGGUCAGCAAACACAUGGGUGGAGUGAAGGUAAUGGCAACCACAGGUGGAACCAACCUACGUGAUGACAUCAUGAGACUUGAUGAAACAGUACACGUGAUCAUUGCCACUCCUGGGAGGAUUUUAGACCUCAUCAAGAAAGGAGUGGCCAAAGUCAGUCAAGUGCAGAUGAUUGUGCUUGAUGAAGCUGACAAGCUCCUGUCUCAGGACUUUGUGGUUAUGAUGGAGGAGAUGUUGGGUUUCCUGGCCAAACAGAGGCAGAUUCUACUUUAUUCUGCAACCUUUCCUCUCAGCGUGCAGAAGUUUAUGAAUGCACACCUGCAGAAACCCUAUGAGAUCAACCUGAUGGAGGAGCUUACACUGAAGGGUGUGACUCAAUAUUACGCUUACGUAACUGAAAGGCAAAAAGUCCAUUGCCUUAACACCUUGUUCUCUAGGCUCCAGAUCAACCAGUCUAUCAUCUUCUGCAACUCGUCUCAGAGAGUUGAGCUCCUUGCCAAGAAGAUCUCCCAGCUUGGUUAUUCAUGUUUCUACAUUCAUGCCAAGAUGAGACAGGAGCAUCGCAACCGUGUGUUCCACGACUUCAGAAACGGCCUCUGCCGGAAUCUCGUCUGCACUGACCUCUUCACAAGAGGAAUUGACAUUCAAGCUGUGAAUGUUGUGAUCAAUUUUGACUUUCCCAAGCUGGGAGAAACAUACCUUCAUCGCAUUGGUAGAUCUGGCCGCUUUGGACACUUGGGUCUUGCCAUCAACCUCAUCACUUACGAUGAUCGCUUCAACCUGAAGGGGAUUGAGGAGCAGCUUGGAACAGAGAUCAAGCCCAUCCCUGGCAUCAUUGACAAGAGCCUAUAUGUGGCAGAGUACCACAGUGAGAGUGGUGAAGAAGUCAAGCCAUGAGCCAAUCAGUCCAUCCUCCAUUCCCCUUUGUACCUUUUUGUACCCCACCCCGCCCAUCUUGGAGUUUUUUUUUUUUUUCUUCUUUUUUUUAUGUACAGUUUGUCUGUCCUUCCUUUUUUUUGGAUGCCACCAUAAGGAAUUUGUAUUUAAUGGACGCGUUUCGGAAGAACUCAUUUGCCUUGUUUAUAAGGCUCUGUGCUGCACCACCCCACCCUGAAGACAUAAGCACCGGGAGGAAAGCAUGGGACCAAGUGGAAAAUAUAUCAGUGCACAUCGUGACUAUUCAUAUCCCACAAUGAAACAAAGCCAGCACCAACAGACCGCUAUAUAUGUCCCCCCUCCAUUCUUCUCGUUUUAUUUUGGAAAUUUUAACAAAUUUGUAUCAAGUGCCUUAACAAGCAGUUCAACUCGUUCUAAAGUAAUAACCCUUCAUUAUCAGCCAUCUUGCUCACUUCAUACCACACACGUUCACCUAAUUGAAAACUUGUCACACUAAUUUAUUUUAACAACCACAUAGGUGAAUUCAUAACUGUUUUUUGGUUGGGUCAUCAGUUUGCAAGGAAUGGAGAUAAUUAGGAGGGAGGCUGGUUGCUGGCUUAGCUGCACUUGAUUCUGGCUGAUAAAUGAGGACAAACUUGGAUUUUCCAUGGACAGAGAUGCUGGAUUUUUUCCAAGAGACAGCCAGACUGUCCUGUUGCUCGUGAAGAAGCGUGUGCUUCUAAAAGACCCAAACCCUUUCCUCUGUCUUCAGCAUCAGAACACUAAAAAUGAAUUAGCAGCCUCUCAACACCAUGAGUCAUGAGGAUUCCUGUUUCGGUGGAGUUUAAGUGUAGAGAAUGCUUUUUUCUUUUUGUCCUGUGUUUCACCUUCCUAUGGUUGGCCAUACUUAAUUUUGCAAGAUGUGCAGCCGACAUGUAGGGUGCACCUUUCACCUUGUGUAUAUACCUUCAUUUUAAGAUUGUUUUAAACAAGUUCAAAAGGCUGGCUGACAAAUUGAAAAGCUUUUUUCACCCCUUCUCUCUUGUUAGCACUGGAGACUGUUUCCUUAACUGCCAGUUUGUUUGAUCUGCAAUAUUGGCUUGUGAAUUUAUUUAUAAUUUUAGAAAUUGCAGAAUUUAUUAGAAUCUAAAACAUUUAAAUGACCUUGUGCAUGAAAUGUUUUUGGAGGCAGAGUUCAUCACUGAUAAUCUUUAAGCCCCUGCGAAUUCGUUGGUGAGUGAAAUUCUUAAAAGCCGCACUUAUACAAAGAUUGUUUAAAUUUUUGCCCUUAUUCUCCUGCUACCAGUGUUAACAAGUGUUCAGUCUAGACAGAUGGCUUUGUUAAGCUUAUGCAUUUGAGUAAUGAAUUCUUUGUCGCCAGCCUUAACUUGUGAAACUGACUCUUGGGACACUCUCUAAAAUCUCCAGUUAAAGGGAGUGUUGUAAUUGGAAGAGCACAUAAUAUUCUAUCAUGUAGUAGUACUACGUGCUGCAGUGCAGCUGAAUUGGCAGAGAAUUUGUUUUCUGGGGGAAGUAUUAGCUGUUACGUUGAUCUAUGUGCUCUUUAGGCACAGCUACAUUAUUUCACAAAUGUUGAGGAAGCGGUGGAUUUAUUUCCCCCCCCUUUUGAACAAUGUCUGCCGAAUGCAUCAAAAUGAAACAUCUGACUUAAAAUGUAGCAGGAAUUCAUUGUCUGUGCAUUGCAAGUUAGCCGUCUUUAGUAAAGCCAGCUAACAAAAGAUGCCUCACUUAAAACAACCUGAGCAGGUUGGGCUGCACCUAAGGCACAGAGACCUGGGUUCAGGCAAUAACACUGACUGCACUGCUUUUGUACACUCAUGAUGCCCAGAUGAGAGAAGUGUAUAUGGUGGUGCAGAACAUUAAAAAAAUAUAUAUUGGCACGUAGGGGGAAUGGGCAUGAAGGAUUACGAAAUUACUGUUAGUCGGACUGCUUGUUUAAAAAAAAACGAAACAUGGGCACCUCAAACUGAGUUUAUGGCUUAUUUCUCUGCCCUUUAUUGCUUUGAUGUCUUGGGGUUACGUUUUCUUUUUUGUGCAUAUUUAUGCAACAUGACAACCUUAUUUUGCGUUAAGGUCCCCUGACCACUUGUUCAGCGGAAACCUUUAUGCAAAUGAGGUCCCCUUUGUUAUGGUGAGAUGCUCUCUUAACUGUUCUAAUCAAUGAGAAGUGUUAUUGAACAUUUACUUUAAGCUCUUUUAAAAAGAAUAACUGGCAAUGUUGACAGGUUGAAGACUUCCAUUUUAUUUCUCAUUGGUAAGAACUGUGAUCCCUGUUCACUCAGUUCUAUUGUUGUCCCCUAAAUACUUGCACAUCUAAUUUGGCUGUUUUGGCUUAAUGUUUGGGUAGGAGGGCUGUUUGUUAAAAAUAUCCAAAUUAAAUUAAGCAUUAGUUGAGUGAACAGGGAUCUCAUUGUACAGGCACUUGGCAGCUGUCUGUUUCUUGUCAGCCCACUGGCAGUAAUCGCCACAGCAAUUGCUUUCAAGGCUAAAAUCAAGAAUUCUUCAAGAUUUAGUGCAUUGCUACCUUUGAUGCCAGUGGCUGCCAUUUUGAGAAUCUUAAAGGCUGAGACAAGAGCAUCUUGCCCAAGAUUGGGUGACUAAUUGGAUAGUUUGUGAAACUAAAUUGUCUCAUUCUUUAAGGUCUUUUUUUAAAAACUUGUUGGGUGGGAAAAUUAGUGAUAUUGCUGCCCUGAUGCACAUGUCCAUCCUCAAUAGUUCUAACACAUUUAUGAUAACACAUCUUAUGUGAACAAUUUGGCCGUCCCAUCUGAAGGAGGAUGUGAGAGGAGUCCGUUAGGGAUUUCUUUCAAAACUUGUGCAUCAGUAAAAUAAACAUGGGGAAAGGAGCCUUUGGGCAUUACGAAAACAGGAAGAUAUGAUCUAAAAAUCCAAAGUUAUGGUAAUGGGUAUAAAAAGGUUUGAAAAAAAGUUGUCCUUAAAUUUGGAUUUUUUUUUUCUCCAAAUGUUCAAGUGGAGUACACCUUUAUUUAAAAAGUUGCCAAAUUUAAGUGAAGAAUUUAAAGCCUGAGUUUAUAUUUUUAUUUGAUGGAAAUUUGGUCGUUAUUUAAUUGGCAGAUUUUUCAGUGGAGCUAAUUUUACAACGGACUUAAGUUUAAAGGAUGUCAUGAUUAUUGGAUACGAUUUGGAAAAUUGUGUUAAAUAAAGCUCACUGAAAUUUA